ACAGUCACAAAAGUUGUACUGAAUUAGCAAGUUUAUUAAUUUUGAUAAUCGACAUUAGGAGUAAGAUGCAAACGCGUACAAGUAGUGAUUUUUUUUUUUUAUGGGAGUGAUUAAUUUAUUUAAAUGAUGUACUUAUAAGUUUACAUUAGUAUGCGACCUUGUUUUACUCCAUAUCUAUACAGGGAUCUACUCAUCUACGGAAUUUAAGUCAUAAAUCCAAUAAUAAACACUUAAAAUCUAAGGGUGACUUGUUACUUCGUGUGAUUUUGGUCAUAUUGCCCCCUUUGUGGUUAAUGACUUUAUUGUAAUUGUUUCUAAAAUUGUAGGUUCAAAAUUGUUAUAAGACAUUACAAGAAGCUCACUCUCUUAAGUUUUCAAAAGCUAAUUUAACAAACUAAAUGGCGGUGAAUUUUGUUUCUAGCUGGUCAGAUGGCACAACAUUGCCUGAAAGUUAUGUGUUUCCGCCGGAGAAAAGGCCGGGAAAGGAUGUUGUUCCGACGUCUAAGAAUGUUCCGGUUAUUGAUCUAGGCAAAGCCGAGGGAGAGACUCGUAAAGAAACAAUUCAAAAGAUCAUAGAGGCUAGCAAAGAGUUCGGAUUCUUUCAGGUGAUUAAUCAUGGAGUGCCGAGAAAAGUGGUUGAUGAGACGAGGGAAAUUUUUGAAGAAUUUUUUGAGCUUCCUAAGGAGGAAAUAUCGAAAUUUUAUUCAUCGGAUAUUGGUAAGAAAUGCAUAGUUUUCACAAGCAAUAUUGAUUUUGAUAAAGAAGAUAUUCACAAUUGGCGUGAUUCUGUAAGGCCCUUGUGUACUCCUUUACAAGAAUGCAUCGAAUCUUGGCCCGAAAAACCUACUAGAUGCAGGAAGGUUGUUGGGGAGUAUGUACGCGAAGUUGGGAAGCUAGGAUCAGGAUUAUUGGAGCUGAUAAGCGAAGGACUAGGGCUCGAACCGGGAUACUUCGCUAACGAAUUGAGUGAGAAUCAUGUUAUGGCUGUUCACCAUUAUCCACCAUGCCCUGAUCCUAGCUUAACCUUGGGAACCAGAAGACAUAGUGAUCCUGGCCUUAUUACUUUUGUUCUUCAAGGGGAUGUUCCAGGACUUCAAGUAUUGAAGGAUGGCAAAUGGAUUGGUGUCGAAGCAAUUCCUCAUGCAUUUGUUGUCAACAUUGGAUACCAAUUACAGAUUGUUAGCAAUGGAAAGCUGCGUAGCGUGGAGCAUCGAGCAGUAACAAACAAGGAUGAAGAUCGAUUUACAGUAGCGUCGUUCAUCGAGCCAAUACGAGAGUGCAUUGUAGAACCUGCUAAAGCUCUUGUUGAUGCAAAAAAUCCUCAACUUUAUGAGGGUGUUCGAUAUGCAGACUUCGUUCAAAUGUUCAGGACAUCUUAUUUGGAAAAAAAGGAAGAUGCUAAUUAAGUAACCUUAUAUGUUUAGAACUUUGUUGUAAUGAAUAAGAGUAUUAUUGAGUAAUUAUGAGUACUGGCUCAUUAGAUAAACAAACAUACGGAGUAUGUACUUUAGACCUUGUAAUUAGUUAUAUGAAUAAUACUUACUUCGUUUAACAAUA